AUGCAGAUCUUCGUGAAAACACUUACUGGUAAGACUAUUACGCUUGAAGUCGAAACUUCUGAUACCAUCCAAAAUGUGAAGGCCAAAAUUCACGAUAAAGAAGGUAUUUCACCUGAUCAACAACGUCUUAUUUUUGCUGGCAAACAGCUUGAAGAUGAUCGUACACUCAAUGACUACAACAUUCAAAAAGACAGCACUCUUCAUUUGGUGUUGCGCCUUCGAGGUGGUAUGCAAAUUUUUAUCCAAACGUUGACUGGCAAGAGACUCACCAUCGAAGUUGAACCAGACGAGACUAUCGAGAGCGUCAAAAUAAAAAUUCAAGACAAAGAAGGUAUUCCACCUGAUCAACAACGUCCCAUCUUUGCCGGCCAACAACUUGAAGAUGGUCGUACACUUAGUGACUACAACAUCCAAAAAGAAUCAACACUUCAUCUUGUUCUUCGUUUACGAGGUGGUGAAAUUUCAAUAGCUCCAAGAUUAGGAUUUGCUGUUGGUGGUGCAAAAGAUGUGAAUAAUUUUCGAGAAAAUAUUCAAAAUAAUUAUUUACCCAGCAUAACAGAUUUAUCAUAUGAAGGUCUCUUUAAUGAUUAUUUUUUUGAUACUGGUGAUCAACAAGAAAAUAGUAAUAAAGAAAAUUUAUUUUGUCCAUCUUAUUCAAUGGCCAUCACAAAAAAUCCUUUAGCAGAAGACAAAGAAGAACAAUCUUGUGAAUAUUAUAUGACUGUUGGAUUGAAUUCAAAUUUAAAUGAAAAUACAUUUAAACGAAAUCCAAUAAAUUUACUCAUUUGUAUUGAUGCAAGCGGAUCAAUGUCAUCA